GACGCCUUGCGCAAGACGCGGUGAAUCUCUAAAGGUCUGUUAGAUUAUAAGACUGUUGUUAGUGGGACGAUUUUGACAGACGUACUCUCUACAUACGCUGUGGUGUUAUCAGUACUUCGAAGUGUGACAAGGCGUAUGAACAGCGAGAGAACUGGUCAGUAGUCUGACCCGAAACCUGAACACGCCGAGCGUACGCUGCUAACGGGAGUAUGGAUGUGAGGCUGUGUUUGUACUGUGUGCUGACAGCACUACUCAGGCGUGCCCUGGCUGUUCCAGACCCAAUGUUCUACUACUACUUCAGUGGGCUCAACAAAAUUGUGUAUACCCGGUCAUCGGAUCCCACUCCUGGACACUAUAACAUGACAUUUAAGUUCUAUCCGGAAGUAAACAAGUAUAAUGAUGCAGUCAAUGACGGGAUUAUGUUUUACUCCAGAAAUGAUAGAGGAGGCUUAAUGGCCAUGGAAUUGUUUGAGAAUUUCCUAUACUGGACCUAUGAAACAGGUACCAUGAAGUCGUCCUCCGGUUUGAUGAUGUGGGAAAGAGAUUGGUACAGCGUGACACUGCGUGUGGACGAACGUGGUUCUUACUUUGCCGUAGGUUUGGUCUCAUCUCUCUCAACCGUGCACACGUAUAUGCCUCUGUCAAAAACUCUGUACAUCGGAGGGUAUACGUCGAAGGACGCGAAUGAGAAACUGAUCACAAAGUCCGUCAGAUAUUACAAAGGGUGCAUGGCAGAUGUCUCCGUGAACGGUGUGAAUGUUUUUGAGAAGGCACAAAAUGGAGACCUUGGCCCUGUGUCCCUGCCCACGGAAUGUCAGAUCAUGACCUACUACAUGAUGUUUUAUGGAGAAGACUCCUACCUUUUGGUAGGAACCGAGAACAUCACUGGGAACUCCCUCUAUGACGUAGCCUUUGAUUUCCGCACAUUUGAUUAUAAUGCCACUUUGCUACAUAUCGAACUUGCAGACGAGAACAUUACGGUCAGUUACUCAGACAAUGCCACUGUAACAAUGGCCCGGAGUGACGGCACCGUCAUUAGUACACCAAUAGAUUAUGGACUUGGGUCAGGAAAGUACCAUCACAUGCAGUUAAGCAUAACGACGACCAGUGUUCGAGUCACUAUUGGCAGACCAAGGGUUUUUCCAUCUCUGUUUAGGGAAGCCUUCGAUCAGAUCAGGGUUGAUGUUCAGAGGGUAUAUAUUGGCGGAUAUCCGGGGGACGUCGGGCUGAUGGCAUGCGUGAAGAACUUCAAGAUUAAUCAAAAUAGGUUUGAAGUACAGGAUUUACCGACGGAAAACCGUCAGAAUGUCAGACUGGGGGAAUGUGCACUGGUAAACAGAUGCAAUGGCAUUUGUUCGCACGGGGGUACUUGUUACCGGACCAGAGAGGAUGUACGCUGUGACUGUGAGGGUACCAUGUACGGGGGCCCAUCCUGUCACACACCCUUAUACCCAAAAACCUGUGACCAAGUUGUCUUCCCGGAGAACGUUGAUGAGAUGUAUACGGUGCUUGAUGUUGAUGGUACUGGGCUCAUACAACCAGUAACUGUAAAGUGUGUUGAAGCCUCGGGAACUGUCGAGACUGUAAUAGAGAACAACGUAACCAGCCUGAUUGGUAUUGAUGGCUUCCAGGAGCCUGGCUCCUACAGAAGAGAUAUUGAGUACAAAGUGGAGAUCGAGGCUGCCAUCGCAAUCAUCAACAGAGCCAAAACUUGCUGCCAGUUCGUCAGCUACAAAUGUGUCAACUCCACAUUGAUGGCUUCCCCUCCGGGUUCCUCUAAGCCAUACGGUUGGUGGGUCGGACGGAACAACGCGCCUCAUUACUACUGGGGCGGAGCGCCGCCCGAGUCCAGGAACUGUAGCUGCUCCACCACUCAAGCUGGGUGUGUGGAGGGAUUAGGGUGUAACUGUGACGCAGGACUAUCCACACAGCAAACUGACGAAGGCUGUCUGAGUAACAAGAAAGAUUUACCUGUGACGCAGGUACGGUUUGGAGACACUGGGGACAAGACGGAUGCGAAAACAGCCGAAUUUCAAAUAAUGGAUGUAAAAUGUUCAGGAGAUGCUGUACUGGAGAAAACAGUCACGUUACGAUCUCUGGAUUCAUCAAUAUAUGUAUGGGGAAGUUUUGUAACCUUACCAGUAGACGUCAGUUUCCAAUUCAAAACCACAAUGCCUAAGGCACAACUGUUCUUCAUACCAGUCGGUCACUGGAACUUCAUAUCGGUUAUGAUGACGGCCUCCAACAGAAUACGAGUGGAUAUGACUACACGAUACAUAGAAUUCCAAAAGGAACAACCUUUCCAAUUUCAUCUGAAUGAUAAUUUCUGGCAUACGAUUUACUUCGAAGUGAGCACCAAAAGGGCGUUGCUACGAGUAGAUGGAUCUGACUAUAAUUUGUGGGAGCCUAUGGAACCUGUCUAUCAGGAGAUUCAUGUGGGACGCUCUCUUAUCAUAGGGGGCAACUCAAAGGGUACCUUUGGAUUCGCCGGAUGCAUUAGGGACGUUGUGUUUAAUGGUAAAGAAUUCGACAUUGUCGACAUCGUUAAUAAAGACGACAACAACGCAACGGUUCCAGGUUGCGCGGGUCAAUGUUCUGGUGAGACCAUGUGUCAAAAUGGCGGAACGUGUACAGAGUACUAUGCUACAUACAUGUGUGAUUGCUCCACGUCAGCCUUUAGCGGAUGUUACUGUGGGAAUGCUGUUGGCGUAACCUUCCCUGCUGGAUCGUACAUGAGGUUCAACACACAGACACGGCUGACACCCAGCCACAGUUUUAGGUCACUGGAGCUACAUUUCCGAACCUCCCAGACCGCCGGAGUUCUCGCCCAUGUGUCCGGAAACGCACAAAACGAACUUCUGACACUGGAACUGAACCCUGCAGGCAACGUUGUGCUAACAUACCGCCCUGACAAUAAUCAGUCAAAGACUAUGACAUCUGCCAAAGCUCUAGCUGACGGCAGCUCUCAUAAGGUGACUGUGUCAGUUAUGAGGUCACAAAACAACGCGACUGAUACAUGGCAGGUGAUGUUUGACGACGAAACCCAGACCCAGGAUUCUGCACAGUUAUUAACGACUCUUCCUGGUGAUUUGUACCUGGCCAGCAAAAGUACCACACCAGCCAAUGGCGGUUUUACUGGAUGUAUAUUCGGACUGAAGUAUAAUGGAGAAACUUUUUUGAAGGAAGUGAGGACCACGCCCAAGCCAGACUAUAUAACUUACAGCAGCAAUGUGAAUCCGGAAACGACCUGUGGCGACAUGGAACCUGCAGUACAAAGUACAGGUUUACCUGGAUCGCUUGGAAGCAAAAAACCCGUUUCUCUACAGUUUUUCGGGCCUUUUUCACGUGACCCCAUGACCGUGGAUACAGCUCUGGUUCAGGUGAACAGCUUGCUGUGUGAGGCGUCGCCUAUGUCAAGGUACACAAUAACACAGAAUGGCGAACCAGUGGCAUGUCCUCAUCUCUUGGUUGAGGAUAACAAACUGUUAUUACCUCCUGAUGAUAGAGUUGCCGGGCAGUACCAGUGUAUGAUAGAUAACGGCUGGACACAGACGGUGUCCGACUACUCAACUGUACUUCUGGCCAGACCCCCAAAAGUUGAUCAAAUGAUAACAGAGUCCGUCAUUUUAGGGGCGGGGCAAUAUGCACGUCUUAGCUGUAAUGUAAGCACAGGUAGUGUACCGGAAGCCGAAACUCAGUGGCUGGCACCCCAAGGGACAAACCCGACCGAUCCAAGAUUCUACCAGGCUGUAAAUGGUGAUCUGCAUAUCGUAUCCGUGGAUGCCAACGACAGCGGUACCUUUAAAUGCUCCAAGUUCAAUGCGGAUUUGGGUGUUACUGUAGAGGUGAAGACCAUUACGGUGACUGUGAAUGCCGGCCCAGGUGGCGAAGAACCUAUACAACUACUUUACUCCUCCCCCAAUAUAACCGUGGACGUACAUUCCCAUGUGAUACUGGAAUGUUUAUUAUCUGCCACCGAUCCGUCUGUGAUAACGUGGGAGAAAGCAGACCGUAACGAAACGACUGAUCGACUUGUGAAUGGGACCCAAGGGAGACAACUUGUGUUGUCAUACUUUGAACCAAACGAUGCAGGAAAAUAUUUCUGUAAAUUUGAGAACGAUACCGUGGCUACUAUUACGGUUGAUCUAUCUGCUAAGCCUACCUGGGAGAACGGUCCUAUGGAUACGGUUGUGUACAUGGACCAGACCGCUGAGCUGUACUGUAAGGUCCGGUCUGUUCAGGGAGACCCCGCACCCAAUACAACCUGGUUCAUCAAUGGACAGCCUUUACAAGAAUCGCCGAGAUACAAGUUGAACGACGAAGGUGAUAUGUUAACGAUAACAAACGUCUCCAAAGCAACGGACAUCUUAGCCUUCCAGUGUAACGUGUCAAACGAAUUAGGCUAUGUUUAUGGCACGGGCAGUCUUCACGUCGUCGCACCGACAGUUAUUACUGAGGCCCCAAAGUCUAAGAUCAUGAUCUCUCCGGAAGACCUCUACCCUAAGCUGCGCGUGAAAUGUGAGAAUGACGUGGACACCAAUUUGACUUUCACAUGGUACCAUGACAACGAAAAGGUUGAAAAUGGCAAUCAAAAAUAUUAUUUCACCACAAAAAAGUCGAAAAGCACACUGCAGUUGGUCGUAGGUAAUUUUCUUAACAAUCUUGACGUGCUGACAGGCGCGUACAAGUGCGUGAUAGACGACGGUAUCAAGAAUCACACGGUGUCAUCCUUGGUAGAGCUGAAGCCAGAUGCAGGAGGAGGUUCUGGAAUUCAGACGACGACGCCUGUAAACGUGGGAACAAAAGCGAGCUGCAUCACUCUGAUAUUGUUAUAUGUGAUGUCAACUCUUACGGUUCUCACCGUGAAGCUGAUGUAAGACGAGAGACGUCAGCGAAUGCUCUAAGUGAUGUGUAUCAACAAUAAGAUGAUGAGUAUGAACAGUACGAUGGUGUAUAUCAGCGGUACGAUUAGGUGUGUCAGCAGUACGAUGAUGUAUAUCAGCAGUACGAUUAGGUGUAUCAGCAGUAUGAUGAUGCAUAUCAGCAGUACGAUGAUGUAUAUCAGCAG